AUGGAGACAAGAUCUGCAAAGCGAAAAAAGCUUUUAGAUGCUUCGAAAAAAAGCUUAAAAUCUGAUGAACUACAAGAUGACAGGAUCAGUGAUCUUCCAGACGAUGUUUUGCAUCAAAUUCUCUUUUUUCUACCGAUCAAAUCCAUCGCGCAAACUAGUGUGUUAUCGAAGCGCUGGAGAAAUCUCUGGUACUCAUUUCCGGACCUCGAUUUCACGUCCCUCAAAAUUCUUAUGAAUGCAUCCAAUGCGCGUAAAAAAAAGAGUUCUUUCAGAUUGAAGGGAGCUGAAUUCAUUGAUCAGGUUUUAGGCCUUCGCGAGAAGCAUACUGAUAUACGAGUACUUAGAAUUUGUGCUUUUCUGAGCUUUUCUCGACUCAAUGGCUUGAUCCGUCGCGCUAUUAAGCAUAAUGUUCAAGAACUUGAUAUCGAGGUCACUACAUGUGACUAUUUCAAUUUUCCCCGUAGCAUUAUAACGAGUGAGUCAUUAAGAGUUUUCAGAUUGAAAUCAUGGCGUCCGGGAUUUAGAUUGCCGCCUUUAGAAAUUAUGAAGGCCGGUUUUCGAUCAUUGUCGAACCUAUCUCUUUCACGUGUGAUUUUACAUGAUCAACCAUCCCUUCUGAGUUUGUUUACAGAUUCAUCAUUUCCUUUGCUUAAGAAAUUACAUUUAGAAACUUGUUCUGGAUUAAAACAUCUUAGAAUUAUUUGUCGAGCUCUGGAGGAUUUAGCCUUAGAAAGUUGUUUUCAGCUUGAAGAUCUUGAAAUUUCAUCUCCCAAACUUGAGAGAUUAAGGGUUUCAAGUUGCUUUGAUGCCUAUAGCGUUAGUAGCUGGGUGAAAAUCGACGCCCCGACUCUCCAAAUUAUCUUCUGGUCGUACAAUACGAUCACAGAGGAAAGUUUUCUGCACAACUUAACUUCGCUGCACGAGGUCUUUGUAGGUUUCUUCCUCCUCCAUGAGGAUCUGAGUGAGGCUAAGCUUCGAAGUAUAUCAAACUUCAUGUCCGGAAUUUCACAUUGCCGGUGUUUAAUUCUGGAAAACCAAUGUAUUGAGAUUCUAUCGAAGAAUAAUCGCUUUGCAGGAGUAUUGUUGUGUCCGUUCAAUAAGCUUGAAUCCUUGGAGUUGUAUACUGGAUUCAACAAACAUAACAACCCUGGAUUGGCAAGUCUUUUCAGGAUUUCUCCUGCUAUUCACACUAUCACUAUCAAGAUUGUUGGCGAUCGCAGCACUGAAAGAAAACAAUGGAACAAGGACUUGUGGGACUUGUCAAGCUCGGGAGAAGAAAAAUAUUGGGAAUCACAAACCGAAGCAUUGAAGUGUUUUCUACAUCACAUAAAGGUCGUAAAGAUUCAUGGAUUUGCAGAAUGCGCAAAUGACAUAAGUCUCGUGAAAUUUUUACUCAAAAAGGGGAAGGUAUUGCAAGAAUUGUUUCUUUGCACCAGUCUCUCCAAGCCAAGAGAUUCGCUUUUACGAGAGAAGAUCAGAUCUCAAAUAAUGGGAUAUUCUCGGGCUUCUUCGAGUGCUAAAAUUGUGUUUCAAUAG